UGCACUUUCCACAAAAUUAUAACAACACGUUUACAUUCAUUUUACUUCAUUGUAUUAAUAGAAUGCACAUUAGGUACAUCAAAUAUAUGUGCUCUUACUCUUUUAGCUACGAAACGAUUGCAUGAUUGAUCACUUUUAAACCUACCAGUGCUUGACCAAGAGUGAUAGAAUACUGUUCCUUAAAAUCUGUAAAACAUGGCAUCGCAGGAAAAAUCGCUUGCGGUAAAACCAGGAUCAUCACGCGGAGUCUCACGAGUGCUAGCAAAACUGGAAGCCUCCAUCGAAUCAAAGAACUUUUAUGAAGCCCAUCAGAUGUACCGGACACUAUACUUUCGGUACCUGACUCAGGGCAAAUACCUCGACCUGCUAGAGCUGCUAUACAGCGGUUCACUAGCAAUGCUGGAGAACGAGCAGUACAGCAUUGGGGCUGACUUAGUAUUGUUGCUAAUACAAACACUAGAAGCCACUGUCAACGAUAUUAAAGCGCCGGAACAUUGGAUAAGCCGGUUGGCUUGGUUGAUCGGCAUUAUCAAGCCCAACAUCGUUGAACGCGAGACCGUGCUGGAAAAGGCGAUAAAAUGGAGUGGCACCACCGUAAUGUCACCGAUGGGACAUCCACUGAUGCACAAGCUGAUCGCCCAGAUAAUGCACCAGGAAAACAAUCUUCCCCUGGCACGGUACCAUUUUUCGCUGUCGAAAGAUGGCGAAAAUUGUGCCCUCCUUACGCUCCAGCUCAGUCAGCAGAAGGGAUUUGCGAGCGAAGUGGACUUGUUCCUGGCCCAAAUCGUGCUGCAGCAGCUCUGCCUGAAGGAGACGGCCGCCGCCGCCGACACGUUUGCCGUCUACGUGCGUUCGCACCCGGGAAUCGCUUGCUCGGAACUGCCGUUCCCGAUGCCGCUGCUCAACUUUCUCUUCUUUCUGCUACAGCUGAUCGAGAUGAAUAAUCGCAAGUACGCCAUCUUUCGGACGCUCGUCGAUCUAUACAAGCCGUCACUCGAUCGGGAUCCGUCCUUUGCGAAGUAUCUGCAUAAGAUAGGUGUGACAUUUUUCGACGGCGGCCAGCAGGAGCAGCCACGCGGUUUCGCGUUUAGCGAUUUGAUUCAGCAGUUCUUUAACGACCUAGAUGUCGAGGAUUUGGAGGAGGGUAACAGUGUGCAUGGUUCCGAUGUAGACUAGUGACCAGAUUUAUUGGUUAUUGACGCGAACGCAUUGUAUCGCAAUGAACAUAAAUAUAUAAAAUAAAACUAUUCGAUAUUUAACAAACAGGUAGCUCACGCACUGCAUGUAGAAAGACCAAGUGGAGAGUGGCGUGAAUCACUAGCAAAAGGAAUGAACGUUGAGGGUGGAUAGAAAGGGGUUGAUAGAAGAGUAAAACACGAUGGCAGGCUGCUCCAUACGAUUCAAGCAAGUGAAGUUAUUUCAUAUCGCUACCAAUUAAAGCAAUGGGCUGUAAAGUACGAAGUUGCACUUGGUGUGUUUAAGCUAGCAUAAAAUGGUAACUAAUCUCUCCACGAUGUCGGCCGUUCAAGGAAUAAAUCUUAAAUCUUAUACCUAGCUGAAAAAAAAACUUUCCAACAGUGUAU